CGUGGCUCGCCAUCCACUUCCUGGUCACCCUGUGUAACGACAGCUGGCGCUUGCUGUGCUGCGGUAGAAAUGGUUUAUUAUUUCACCAGCAAUGGUGAGUACUCGAUGGUUUGACCAUUGUCAGUAUAUCUGCGUCUCUCACGGUCGGCAGAAGCGGCUCAGAAAUGUUUUGUUGUGUGGAAUCUUCACCAUAUACAAUAUACAUGGGAAAAGAUAAAUAUGAAAAUGAGGACCUAAUCAAGUAUGGAUGGCCAGAAGAUGUAUGGUUUCAUGUAGAUAAAUUAUCUUCAGCUCAUGUAUACCUUCGAUUAUACAAGGGGCAAAUGAUUGAUUCCAUCCCAAAGGAAGUACUAAUUGACUGCGCUCAGCUAGUUAAAGCUAAUAGCAUUCAAGGAAGCAAAAUGAACAAUAUAAAUGUUGUGUACACUCCGUGGUCUAAUCUAAAGAAGACUGGUGAUAUGGAUGUGGGACAAAUAGGAUUUCACAGGCAAAAAGAGGUAAAGGUAAUUGCAGUAGAGACAAAGAUAAAUGAAAUUUUAAACCGAUUGGAGAAGACCAAAGAUGAAAGAUUUCCAGAUUUGGCAGCUGAAAAGGGAUCUAGAGACCGCGACGAGCAAAAUGAAAGAAAGGCGCAAGUUCAAGAAAUGAAGCGAAAGGAGAGGGAGGAGAUAAAAAGGAGAAAAGAAAUGGAAGACCUUAGGUGCUAUUCUACCCUUAUGAAAUCUGAAAAAAUGAGUAGCAAUCAGGACUGUGGUUACGACUCUGAUGAUUUCAUGUAAAGUCCACUAACUGCUAAAAGAUAGACAUUUUAAAUUGGAGGAUUUUCAGGCCUGCCAAAAUCCCUUUUGCUUUUGACAUCUGCUUGAGGGACAAGUAUCUUUUUGGAGUAUCAAGAUGUUUGCCUUGUCCUGUGAUCUUCUAAGAGGAAAAUGAAACUUGUAAGCAUUUGUUCCAUUCAAUUGAAUUUCAAAUGGGCAAACUCAAUUUUGAUGAGCUUGGAAUGUAUGGAUGCUUAUUUAGGAGAAUGGCUUAUUGCUGGAAACACUUUUGCUGGAAUUUUUAAAUACCUAAAACAUGAACUAUUAAAAUAAUGAAGUCUCAUUCAAGAAAAAUGUCAAUUUUUGGGGGGCAAUGUCCACAAGAUAUUUUGUACUGGGCACAAAGCUAAAGUGAAAUGUUUUCUUUGAGGAAGUCUCUGAUCUUCUACUUGAUUAUGCUUAAUAGUCAAAUAGGUACAAUGCUGAACGUAACCUACUGAAAUCAUACUGCAUUUAUGUAAAAAGUAUAAAUGUACCAUUAAUUAUAAAUAUCAGGAUAUGAAA